AACAAGACACAAACAUCAGUUAAUAAAUACUUUACAUGGCACACAAUACAUCAUCUGAUUCUGAUAAUGAAAUUUCUACUAGAACUAAACUCUUUGAACAUGAAAAACCUAUCCAUGAAAUUCUUGGAGGAGGAAAAGUGGGAGAUAUACUACUAUGGAGGAACAGAUAUGAAUCUGCUGCACUUUUUCUUGGGAUGACAGUGAUAUGGUUUCUAUUCGAGAUCCUUGAGUACAAUUUUGUGACAAUCAUUUGUCAAAUUUUCAUCACCAUGAUGCUUGUUCUAUUCAUUUGCUCCAAAUUUGCUGAUAUAUUAAAAUGGAAAAUACCUGAAAUACCAGAAAUUAUUUUACAAGAGUCUUUCUUCAAUGAUCUUGCUUUCAUCCUCUACAGAAGACUCAACCAGUUAUUACCAAUACUUUUCCAUAUUGCAUGUGGAAGAAACCUACCACUCUUUCUUAUGAUCAUUGUUUCCCUCUAUAUAGUCUCAGUGAUUGGAAGCUACUUCAGCUUCGUUAAUCUUCUAUACAUCGGCUAUCUCUGCAUGCAAACAUUGCCAACUGUGUUCGAACGGUACGACGAAGAAAUUAACAUUCUGUUUGAAGAUAUCAUGUUAGUACUCAAGAAAAUGUAUAGGAUGUUUGAAAAGAAUUAUCUCAGAAAAAUUCCUAGAGGACCAUUGAAGGACAAAAAAGCUCAAUGAUUUACUACAUUGAAGAAAACUAGUAACUGAUAAGACAGAAACUCGAGAAUAAUAUGACAAGUUUGAUAAAGUCUUACAAUAUAAGCACUUAUCAUACAAGUGCUUAUGUACAAACUUUUUUUUUCACAAAGAAACAGAUAAAAUAAAAUAAAAUUGGUUUUAUACAAAUUAUUUUCAUAAACUAUUCUGAAGAAUUUAUAGAAAUAAGCUUAAAAACAAUUUAUGGACACUAAAUAGAUUGUUUAUGUAAACUCUUCAAAUAGUGUCAUAAGUUUUUAUGUGAGUAAAAUCCAAACAUGUCCUAGUUUUCUUUACAAGAAAAGGAAGUUCUACAAUGUAAUAAUUUUAUCUAUGAAACAUGUUCAAGUGUGACUCCAAGGCA